AUGUCUGUCUUCAAUAACUCAGCCCUUUAUCCUCAGUUUCUUUUAACAGGCUUCCAAGGAUUGGAGGCCAAAUAUAGUUUGAUCUCUCUCCCCAUCUGCCUGAUCUACAUCAUUUCCAUUGCAGGAAACAUCACCAUCCUUUUCAUCAUUCGGACAGAGCCCUCCCUCCACCAGCCCAUGUACUACUUUCUGUCCAUGUUGGCCUUGACAGACCUGGGUCUGUCUACUGUGACCCUGCCCACUAUGUUCAGUGUCUUUUGGUUCCAUGCCCGGGAGAUCUCCUUCAUUGCUUGUGCAGUCCAAAUGUACUUCAUCCAUGUUUUUUCCAUCAUUGAGUCAGCUGUGUUGCUGGCUAUGGCAUUUGAUCGUGUUGUGGCAAUUCGGGAACCUCUCCGCUAUUCAGCCAUCCUCACUAAUAGUGUAAUUUUUAGGAUUGGGCUAGCCAGUGCUGGAAGAGCCCUUAUCCUGGUUUUCCCAGUCCCUUUCCUCUUGAAAAGGUUGCAAUUUCGUAGCAUCAAUACUCUCUCCUACCCCUUCUGUCUGCAUCAGGAUCUCAUCAAGCUGACAAUAUCUAGCCGGAGAAUCAGCAGCAUCUAUGGCCUUAUGGUAGUCAUCUCUUCCAUGGGAUUGGACUCAGUAUUGCUUCUGCUAUCCUAUAUGCUCAUACUAGUCACAGUGCUGAGUGUUGCCUCCAAGGCAGAGCGUGUUAAAGCUCUAAACACUUGCAUCUCCCAUAUUUGUGCUGUGCUUACCUUCUACACACCCAUGAUUGGGUUGUCCAUGAUCCGCCGCUUUGGGCAGAAUGCUUCCCCAAUGGUCCAUGUCUUGAUGGCUGAUGUUUACCUGCUUGUCCCACCACUCAUGAACCCUAUUGUGUACAGUGUCAAGACCAAGCAGAUUCGCCUGCGCAUCCUCAAGAAGUUUAAGAAGCAGAAGGGCUAG